AUGUCAAAAGAAAACCUGUUAUGGAAACUGGAUUUACUAGAAUCACAGCUUAAGGAGGAUCCCACCGCGGCCCCAACAAGGCUUGUGAAAACAAAAUUUGCAGUAGGAAAAGAGAAGAAAAGAACUGCCAAUAAGAAUAUGACCGCUGAGGAAAUUGAAGAGCAAAUUCGAGAAGUUAAGAAAACCCUGGUCGAUAGAAAAAUAUUCCAUUGCAAACAAGUUGUUCAAAGAGCCCUAAAAAAGGCGUUAACAUUAGAGGGCCUUAAAAUUCAAAAAAGAAUCAAGGCUGUAAAAGCAGAUGACAUCAAGCUCAAGGCACUUAAUAAGGAAGCCCUUGCUGUAAAGACCUUCAAGGCAGAUGAUCUGGCUAAAUUCAUUGUAUUGAGUACUAUUUUUAAAUUAUUUUUGAAAAACUAUGAGAAACACCCUGAUUCGGCACCGGAAUUUCUCUCUCAGGAAGUCAUCAAGGAUGCUAUCAGUAAAAAGGCUGUAGUGGAUAAAUGGGAGAAUAAUCAAAAGAACGUUUAUGGACGUCUUUGUAAUAAUAAUUUAGUGAAAAGUGGGUUACAGCAAAUGACAGUCAGUGUUAAAUUUGUGGCUGGACUCAUAGACAAGACAGAGGCUAAAAGCGUUCUAGAGAAAAAAUCCAACAUACCGCAAAAUAAUAAAAGUGAAAACCAAGCUGGUGAGCCUGAAAAGAGGGCUGGUAAUGAUACAACAGGAGAUAGCGAUGCUGAAGGCGACUUUGCCGAUUUUGAUGACGGUGCCAAUGAUCACCUUGUAGCAGGUUCAGAUAGCGAAUCCGCAGAAUCGGGUGAUGACGAUGGAGAGGAAGAGGAAGAGGAAGAGGAGCAUGACGAUUUCUUCUCGUCUGCCGCAGGAGGUGACCUUCCCACGCUUGCAACAGGUUAUAUUUCAGGGUCUGACGAUGACGACAAUUAUGAUUACGACAAUGAUGCCACAGUCAAAGCUGUGACGACAGAAAGGAAAAAUCGACGAGGACAGAGAGCUCGAAGAAAGAUCUGGGAAAUGAAAUACGGUUCGAAAGCAAAUCAUGUUCAAAAAGAAAAGGAGGAAAGACGUGUUGAUUAUGAAAAGAGGCAGAGAGAGUUUGAGGAGCGACAAGCACGACGAGCCGCUAAACAAGCUACUGAGCCAACAAAGCCCAUUGUCAAAUCACAUACUACAGACGACAAACCACUUCAUCCUUCCUGGGAAGCCAAGAAAAAGAUUGUAGCCACCGCCAAGUUCGAGGGUAAGAAAAUCAAAUUUUGA